AUGCUGAGGAUGAAGCUGCCGCCCAAGCCGACGCCGCCGCCGCCGCCGUCGCUGUCGUUGUCGCUGCCGCCCGAGGCCCCGGACGAGCCCGAGGCGGACGCGCGGCCGGGCGCCAAGGCCCCGCCUCGCCGCCGCCGCCAGGACGGCCGCCCCCCGCCGCCCGCCGCCCCGGGCCCGCCGCGGGGACCCCCGACGGCGCCGCCUCUCCAUCUCCCGCCGCCUCCGCCUCCGCAGCCGCCCUCGCCGUCGCCGUCGCCCGUGGCCGGCGGCGGCCCCUUCCCGGGCUCGGGCCCGGGCUCGGGCUCGCGGGCGCGCGAGCAGGAGCGCGUGUUCGAGUGGUUCGGGCUGGCGCUGGGCUCGGCGCAGCGCCUGGAGUUCGUGUGCGGCCUCCUGGACCUGUGCAACCCGCUGGAGCUGCGCUUCCUGGGCUCGUGCCUGGAGGACCUGGCGCGCAAGGACUACCACUGCCUGCGCGACGCCGAGGCCAAGGCCAACGGGCUCUCGGACCCGGGCCCGCUGGCCGACUUCCGCCAGGCGGCCGUGCGCUCGCGCCUCCUCGUCUACCUGGCGCUGCUGGGCUCGGAGAACCGCGAGGCGGCCGGCCGCCUGCACCGCCUGCUGCCCUCGGUGGACGCCGUGCUCCGCAGCCUGCGCGAGGGCCCCGCCGCCGCCGACGACGACGAGGAGGACGAGGACGACGACGACGACGACGAGGAGCAGCAGCAGCAGCAGCAGCAGGACGUGGCCGAGCCGGGCGCCGCCGCCGGGCUCAACGCGCGCGCCCGCGAGGAGCUGCUGCUGCUCUUCACCAUGGCCUCCCUGCACCCGGCCUUCUCCUUCCACCAGCGCGUCACCCUGCGCGAGCACCUCGACCGGCUCCGAGCCGCGCUGUGCGGAGGCGCCGAGGACGCGGAGGUGGUCUCCGAGGCCGGGCCCUGGGCCCAGAAUGAUUCUGCUCAUGGUGAUUACAUGCAAAAUACUGAGAUCAGUUUAAUAGAACAAGCCCCGAUACCUCAUGGAGGACUUACUGUGGCACCUCAUAGAUCUCAGCGAGAAGCUGUACACAUUGAGAAGAUAAUGUUGAAAGGAGUCCAGAGAAAAAGGGCUGACAAAUAUUGGGAGUACACCUUCAAAGUAAAUUGGUCUGAUCUUUCAGUCACAACAGUAACAAAAACUCACCAAGAACUACAGGAAUUUCUACUGAAGCUUCCAAAGGAAUUAUCUUCAGAGACCUUUGACAAGACCAUCUUAAGAGCUCUGAAUCAGGGCUCAUUGAAAAGGGAAGAACGGCGUCAUCCUGACCUAGAACCCAUCCUAAGGCAGCUAUUUUCAUCACAAGCUUUUCUACAAAGUCAGAAAGUGCACAGUUUUUUCCAGUCCUUAUCAUCAGACGCGCUCCACAGCCUCAAUAACCUACAACCAUCUCUGAUAUUAGAACACUUAAAAGAAGACAGCUCGGAAGCUUCAAGUCAAGAAGAAGAUGUUUUACAGCACACUGUAAUCCACAAGAAGCAUACUGGGAAAAGCCCUGUUACGAACACUAUUGGUACGAGUUGUUCUCCAUUGGAUGGGCUUGCGAUACAGUAUUCUGAACAGAAUGGAAUUGUGGACUGGAGGAAGCAAGACUGUGCCAGCAUGCAGCACCCAGAGCACUGUGUGGCCUUGAUCGACCAGCAGCACUCAACUGAAAAACGAAGUUUAUCUUCAAUGAAUAAGAAGAAAGGAAAGCCACAAAUAGAAAAAGAGAAAACUAAAACUGACAACAGAUUGACUAGUAGAAUAAAUGGUAUUCGACUCUCUGCUCCUCAGCAUGCCCAUGGGGGGCCCGUGAAAGAUGUGAAUUUGGACCUUGGAUCUGGACAUGACACUUGUGGAGAAACAUCCUCAGAAAGUUACAGUUCUCCAUCCAGCCCACGACAUGACGGAAGAGAAAGCUUUGACAGUGAAGAAGAGAAGGACAGAGAUACAGACAGCAAUUCCGAGGACUCUGGGAAUCCAUCCACACCCCGGUUUUCAGGCUAUGGUCCUGUCAGCCAGACGGUUAAUGUCAAGCCCCCUGUUCCGGUGGCCUUAGGAAGUGACAGCGGCGGCCUUCUAGAAGAUCCCUUGCACUCGCCCAAGUACCAACAUAUCUCCUUCAUGCCAGCUUUACACUGUGUCAUGCACAAUGGUGCCCAGAAGUCCCAAGUUGUGGUUCCUCCACCCAAGCCUACAGACGGCAAACCCCUUGGCAUGCUGGUUCCAAGCCCCAUCGCACUCUCUGCCGUCAGGGAGUCUGUGAACUCAACCCCCACGGGGCUCCUCACCCCUACUGCUUCUCCAGGAGAGUCAGAGAAGCACCUGGAAUUACUGGCGUCCCCUUUAUCCCUGCCCUCUACCUUCCUCGGGCAUAGCAGUACCCCAGCUUUGCAUCUGACCAUCCAGAGGCUGAAGUUGCCCCAAACUGGGUCUUCGGAGAGCUGCACAGUGACCCCCCCGCAGCCGCCCUCUGGGAGUCUGAGCCUUGGCUCCCCAAACACUGCCUUCAUCCCCGUCCAUAGCCCUGGGAGUUUUCCAGGCUCUCCUGUAGCCUCCACGGACCCCCUCCCAAAGCCUGCGGCCCAGGUCGUUGGACUCAAUCAAAUGGUGCCUCAAAUGGAGGGAGCCACAGGGUCCAUCCCUCAGCCUACCAAUGUGAAGGUAGUCCUUCCGGCAGCCCAGCCACCAGCUUCCUACACCUUACCCGGCUCCCCACUUGCAGCCGGCGUGCUGCCCAGCUCUAGCGGCAGUGUGCUGAGCACCACGGCCCCGGCCUCCCAGCCAGCCGCUGCUGGCCUGAGUCAGGCCUCCGCCACAGCUCCUCCUGCAGUUCCCACACACACCCCUGGCCCUGCCCCUAGCCCCAGCCCGGCUCUGACCCACAGCACUGCGCAGAGCGAGAGCACGUCUUUCAUCAGCGCUGUGGGGAACACGAACACUAAUGGGACAAUGCUUCCACCCCAGCAGAUGGGCUCCGGGCCCUGCGGUUCUUGUGGGCGAAGGUGCAGCUGCGGGACCAACGGCACCCUUCAGCUCAACAGUUACUAUUACCCCAACCCCAUGCCCGGGCCCAUGUACCGAGUCUCGCCCUUCUUCACCCUGCCCUCCAUCUGCAAUGGCAGCUACCUCAACCAAGCACACCAGAGCAAUGGAAACCAACUUCCUUUCUUUCUGCCUCAGACUCCAUAUGCAAACGGCCUGGUGCAUGACCCAGUCCUGGGCAGCCAGGCCAACUACGGCAUGCAGCAGGUGCCGGCGGGGUUUGGGCGCUUCUACCCCAUGUACCCAGCACCCAGUGUCGUGGCCAACUCGAGCAGCUCGGGGCCCAAGAAGAACGGGAAUGUCUCGUGCUACAACUGUGGGGUGAGCGGGCACUACGCGCAGGAGUGCAAGCAGUCGUCCAUGGAAGCCAGCCAACAAGGCACUUACAGACUGAGAUACGCACUUCCCCUCCCCCCUUCCAAUGAUACGUUGGACUCUGCAGACUGAAACAAGUAAAGCUUGUCUACUCAGCACGCUGAUGUGCGGGCAGUCUUGGUGGGGAGAGGAGGGCGGAGAGGAAAGGUAUUUGCUUGUGUUUCUUUGUCUACGUUUCCUAGAUCUCUAUGCAGUGGGGAUCGACUUCAUUUCUCAUGUACCUAUGUCCAAAACAAAAAGAAUGCAUUGUUUUUGAGCCUCUGGUCUCCUGGUUCAC